AGCUAGGCUAGAUUCGAGUCAAUUGGGACUGCCAUUGAUGUAGUUGUGUAAGUGAGGUUGCGGGGGAAUGAGGCGUUCCGUACCAUAAUGCUCGUGCUACUCAAUCCAAAUUCUCGGACAACUCUCUCGAAGCACAUUAACCCGAUGAUGCGAAGCCUGCAAUUAAGAGAGUAUCCCUUUUUGGCCGUGCGACGGGACGUCUGGAUAUCAUCAGAAUUGAUAUUUAAAGGGUGUUGAUCGCCGCAUGUUCUCGCCUUUGUUAUGCGCAAGGCAUCUCUAAGUGUUUAAUCAUGGGUUAUUAUAUCAUAAUCGUGGCAUUGGUCGUCGCCAUCGGCGGCUUUGUGUUUGGUGUUGAUUCCGGCAUCAUGGGCACAACUCUUGGUCAUAAUACAUUCAAGCUGUAUAUGCUAGGCCCAACGAUGAAGAAUCCAUCGUUAAUUGGGGCAAUCGUUUCACUAUACAAUACUGGACAAGCACUUGGAACCUUUAUAACAGGUUAUUCAGCGGACAGAUUUAGUAGAAGGUGGACAAUUUGCGCAGCUGGCAUUAUAUCAACCAUUGGUGCAGCCUUGCAAUCUGGGGCCGCAAAUGUUGGGAUGAUGAUCGCUGGUAGAUUCAUUGCCGGUCUUGGUUGUGGGAUGAUUCUCACAGUCGUUCCCGUAUACAUCGCUGAAGUGUCGCCGCCCAAACAGCGAGGUAUGAUUGUGGGACUUCAGGGAAUGAUGAUCUCCAUCGGUUUCUUCACAGCAAAUUGGAUAGGAUAUGGAGGGGAUUUUGCGACGGGAGACGCACAAUGGCGCAUUCCGCUUGCUAUGCAAAUCCCAGGAGCCAUUUGUCUCUCCAUCGGUUGUUUUUUUAUCCCAUAUAGUCCUCGAUGGUUAAUCCAGAAGGAGCGUUAUGAGGAAGCUAAGAAAACUCUACUUGCCCUUUACGGAGAUAAAGGAGAAGAUUUUCUCAGCCAAGAGUUCUCGCAGAUCCACGACCAAAUUCAACUCGAGCAGACUGCCAGCCGCACAAAGUUCCUGAAAGCUGCCGGGGAGCUCUUCUCCCGACGUUACAUCCGGCGCACCGGCACGGCUUGUUUCAUUCUCAUGAUGGGCCAGUUGAGCGGCUCAACGGUGAUCCAGAAUUACCAAAACACGUUCUACGCCGCCGUGGGCUUUACUGGGCGGACCGCGCUGCUAAUCAGCGGUGUGUACGGUAUCAUGGGCGUUAUAGGCCAAGUAAUCUACCUCGUCGCUGUUGCUGAUAAGUGGCCGCGCACCCGCACACUCUGGGUUGGCUCAUUCUUCCUCUGCGUCAUGAUAUCGAUCUGCAUGGCUCUGUCCGCACAAUUUCCGGCAGGAACAACUAGCAUUGCAGGUCCCCGCGCCGCUAUCGCGUUCAUCUUCAUCUACUCCUGCGGCUAUGCAGUAUUCUUUAACGCCAUGGUCUGGGUUGUGCCCUCUGAGCUAUUCCCAUUUUUUCUCCGCACCAAAGGCCUCGGAUUAGCGGUAUUUUCGAAGUCCGUCGUUGCUAUUGUUUUGGCACAGAUCACACCAGUGGCGAUUCAGAACGUAGGAUGGAGGUACUACGCCCUAUUCAUUGCGACAAAUUUUGCGGCGGCUUUCGUGUACUACUUUUUCCUUCCGGAGACUAUGGGGAAAUCGCUAGAAGAGAUUGCGGAGCUCUUCGGGGAUGCGGUCGUGACAGAGCACCAAGGCGACAUCGAUAAUAUAGAGAAAGAGAAGGAUGUUAUUCCUCAGAGCAAGCAUGCUGAGACAUCGGUCUAAGGAGGAACAUAAGUGUGGACUGGCUUCUGUUCGACUUGCAACUUCAACCUAUUAUCCUCAUAGUCGACACAUGCCCCUUCGUGCCAGUCUGGAUUAAGUCGGCAAGUCUCCGUAUUCUAGGAAGUGACAGUUACUUAUUGCUCUUAUUUCAAUGUUGAGAGCGACUUUUAUGUAGUUUCUUUGGUAUAUUUUAUCAUCAAAUAAUAUAUCCAUAUAUAUGUUAAAACAAAUCUAACUUAACGAUUUGAAAUGGUC